GUGCAAAGCAAAGAGGGUAACAGAAGAAGAGGAGCAGUAAUCAAAGAUGGUGAAGCUCGCCUUCGGCAGCAUAGGUGACUCACUUAGUGUGGGGUCACUGAAGGCCUACUUGGCUGAGUUCAUCGCCACCCUCCUCUUCGUGUUCGCGGGCGUUGGCUCUGCAAUCGCUUAUGGGAAGCUGACGGCGGAUGCGGCGCUGGACCCGGCAGGCCUGGUGGCGAUCGCCGUAGCCCACGCCUUCGGUCUCUUUGUGGGCGUCUCGAUGGCAGCCAACAUCUCCGGCGGCCACCUUAACCCUGCUGUCACCUUCGGCCUUGCGGUCGGCGGCCACAUCACCAUCCUCACCGGCAUCUUCUACUGGGUCGCCCAGCUCCUCGGCUCCACCGUCGCCUGCCUCCUCCUCAAGUUCGUCACCGGCGGCGAGGCGAUUCCGACGCACGGGGUGGCGGCGGGGAUGAACGAGGUGGAGGGGGCGGUGAUGGAGGUGGUGAUCACCUUCGGGCUGGUUUACACCGUCUACGCGACGGCGGCGGACCCCAAGAAGGGCUCGCUCGGGACGGUGGCCCCCAUCGCCAUCGGCUUUAUCGUCGGGGCCAACAUACUCGCGGCCGGCCCAUUCAGUGGUGGCUCCAUGAACCCGGCCCGCUCGUUCGGACCGGCGGUAGCUGCCGGGAAUUUCGCCGGCAACUGGGUCUACUGGGUGGGCCCGCUCAUCGGGGGUGGAUUGGCUGGGCUCAUCUAUGGCGACAUCUUUAUUGCGUCCUAUGAGCCGGUUCCGGCCCAGGAAUACCCGUAGAGACGUUGAGGCGAACUGUUGGAAUUAAAAUAUUCUCUCCCUCUCCCUCUCCCUCCCCAUCCCCUCUCGUGUUUUGUGUUUUCUCUCAUGGCAUCAUAAUAAAUGUACAUGUUAGAGUACAUAACGUGGGCCCUGUAGAAUGUAUGUAUGUCAAAAGUGUGAUCGAAUUAAUCAUCACGUCUCUUUGUUUUGAGCUGUCUA